UGGCGAAGAACAACGCGCGUUAUCGAAUUUCUUGGCACCGCCGCUAAGCCAGGCCAAAAAACCUCCGCAGCUCUCCCAACCAGCUACAACCAACACUCAAAUGACGGAGAACACGACGAAUCCAUGCUACAUAGCCACCCUCGCGGAUGACCUGCAGCGCCAUGUCAUGGUGUUCCUGGAAGGCCCCGACUGCUGCGGCGCGGGCGGCGCGAUCAAGCGGUGGCGCGCCCUGCAGGACGAGCGCUGGUGGCACCUCAAAACGAAGCUGGAUUUCUGCGUCGGCCGCUGGGAUGCCAACGACGAGCCGAGCUGGCGCGCCGCUUACGCUCGGUGUAAGGUCGGUCCGAGCGCGGCGCGGUGGGCCGCAGGUCCGACGCGCGCGCACGGGCUGGGCGACCGCGUGGCCGCGCCGCAAAUGUUCAUCUCGCCGGACGGCCGGCACAUCUACAACUACGGCGGCUGGACUGGGCGCGGACCCCAGACGGACUUGGAAGUGAGCAGCGCGGAUGCCUACGAAGCCUUCGCGCGGGGCGCCGAAGCGGAGCCGCGCUUCCGGCUCUGCCCGUCGUCUGGUGCCCCGGCGCAUCCUGGCGGCGCGCAAUCGCUGACGCCGCUCUGGCUGCCCGGCGGCGGCGCGGCGCCGUCUCAGGCGCUUGUCGCCUCGCUCGCGCCCGCGGGGUUUCUGCGGGCCGGCGACCGCGCGCACCUGAUCCUGGCCUUCGGCGGCGGACUCGGUGGCUAUAGGCACGAGCAUGAAAGCUUGGCCGUCGGUGUGCUGGCGGAUCUCGGUGGAGACGAGGCCCCGCGCGUGCAUUGGGUGCGACCCGAGGCCUCCGGGUCGACGCCGACUCGGCGCUGCGCCCACACGGCGACAUACGUGCCCGCGCGCUGCUUUGCGGAGGCGCUAAAUUUCCCGGAGGGGGCCGUGGUCUUCUAUGGCGGCCACACCGAAAACGGAAGAGAGUUGGCAGCUCCGCAGGUGCUCUGCGUCAAGUCCUGGAAGUGGUUCGAUCUGCCGACGCACGGUCGCGGUCUGCCGACACACGGCCACUCAGCCGCUCUCGUCGAGCGCGGCGGCGGCGCGUACAUCGUGUUCGUCGGCGGGGGAACUGGGAGCAUCCUUGACGAUCCCGCGCGCUGCCAGGAGCACAGCGUGGCCCAAGUGCUAGAUUUGCACACUCUGGGGGACGUUUACCGUGAUCCCUUUCUCCCGACAGUACAACUCGCUCACGAAUCGUGCGCGCCGGGUCGCCACCACACGGCCUGCCGCGUUUCCAAGGACUGCGUUUUACUGUACGGCGGCGGCGACAACCCGGACCCGGCUGUCUGCGUUCUAGACCUCGCCGCGGUCGUCGACGCGGCGGUGACGGCGGAGAUGACACAGGCGGCGGCGAGCGCUCAGGCGGCGGAGACGGAGCGCCGCGGACUGGCCCGCCGGGCACUCUCUCGAUUAGCUGCUGGACUCACGCGCAGCGUUUCGUCGCCGGCCACCGUCGCGCUGCAGGACCUCGGUGGUGGCGAAACGACGCCGACGCCGCGCAAGUUUCAUGCUUCCUGCUCCCUCUACCCAUGGCGCCCGCUACUCGUUAUAUUCGGCGGCUGGCAAGUCGACCGUCACUUCGACGACAUGUGGGUCCUGGCGCACGGGGACCUCGCGAGCUACGGCACGCCCGACGGCUACGGCAGCGACGACGACGACGAGGUCGAGAUCGUCCUGCAAGUUGGUGGUCGUCGGGAGCGCGUGCUCAUCGAACGUUCCACGCUCGAGGCCCUUUUGGAAAACGGCCGAUUCACCGAACUUCCGAACGGGACAUUCGCUAUGCAGCCGCCGCCGGCGGUGAUGAUGCCACCGGGAGGAGAUCCGGAAACGGGCAGCUCCUCGGGGGACGACGACGACGACGAGGAGGACUCCUCCUCCGAGGACGGCGCGCGCGAGGCCUAAUUGUAUAUAUAUAUCUCC